AGCACCAUGUCGGGCCCGAGCGCCGUGUCGGACCCGCAGCACCCGGCGCGGCUGCUGCGGGCGCUCAGCUCGUUCCGGGAGGAGACGCGGUUCUGCGACGCGCACCUGGUGCUGGAGGGCGAGGAGAUCCCGGUGCAGAAGAACAUCCUGGCGGCCGCCAGCCCCUACAUCAGAACAAAAUUGAAUUACAAUCCUCCAAAGGAUGAUGGCUCAACGUACAAGAUUGAACUCGAAGGGAUAUCUGUUGAUAUCAUGAAAGAGAUAUUAGACUACAUCUUCAGUGGGCAGAUCAGGCUAAAUGAAGAAACUAUCCAAGAUGUGGUACAGGCAGCUGAUCUCCUGCUGCUUACAGACUUAAAAACUCUCUGCUGUGAGUUUUUAGAAGGUUGCAUAGCUGCUGAGAACUGUAUUGGUAUUCGGGACUUUGCACUGCACUAUUGUUUGCAUCAUGUUCACUACCUUGCCUCAGAGUAUCUGGAAACUCACUUUCGAGAUGUCAGCAGCACAGAGGAAUUCUUGGAACUGACUCCUCAAAAACUGAAAGAAGUGCUGUCCAUGGAAAAGCUCAAUGUUGGAAACGAAAGAUACGUCUUUGAAGCGGUGAUUAGGUGGAUUUCUCAUGAUUCAGAAUCCAGAAAGGUCCACAUGAAGGAUGUGAUGUCGGCAGUGUGGGUGUCGGGGCUGGACGCGGCGUAUCUGCGCGAGCAGAUGAUGAGCGAGCCGCUGGUGCGCGAGAUCGUCAAGGAGUGCAACAACAUCCCCCUGACACCCCCGCAGCAGGGAGAGGCCAUGCUGGCCUCCUUCAAGCCCCGGGGCUACUCCGAGUGCAUCGUGACUGUUGGGGGGGAAGAGAGAGUAUCACGGAAACCAACCUCAGUGAUGCGGUGUAUGUGUCCUCUUUAUGAUCCCAAUAGACAGCUCUGGAUUGAACUUGCUCCUAUGAGUAUUCCAAGGAUCAAUCAUGGAGUAUUGUCAGCAGAAGGAUUUUUAUUUGUGCUUGGUGGUCAGGAUGAAAACAAGGGAACGCUAAGCUCUGGAGAGAAAUAUGAUCCAGACACCAAUUCAUGGAGUUCCUUACCACCAAUGCAUGAGGCACGACAUAAUUUUGGUGUGGUAGAGAUUGAUGGGAUUCUGUAUAUUCUGGGAGGUGAGGAUGGUGAAAGGGAGCUGAUCUCUAUGGAGAGCUAUGAUAUUUAUAGCCGGACCUGGACCAAGCAGCCAGACUUGACCAUGGUUAGAAAGAUUGGCUGCUAUGCAGCUAUGAAGAAGAAAAUCUAUGCAAUGGGUGGAGGCUCCUAUGGAAAACUCUUUGAAUCUGUGGAGUGUUACGACCCCAGGACUCAGCAGUGGACAGCAAUCUGUCCUCUCAAAGAGAGGAGAUUUGGGGCAGUGGCCUGUGGAGUUGCCUCUGAGCUUUAUGUAUUUGGUGGGGUCAGGAGUCGUGACGACAGCCAAGCCAGUGAGAUGGUGACGUGCAAAUCAGAAUUUUAUCAUGAUGAGUUUAAAAGGUGGAUUUAUCUAAAUGACCAGAACCUAUGUAUCCCAACUAGCUCUUCUUUUGUGUAUGGAGCUGUGCCCAUCGGAGCCAGCAUAUACGUGAUUGGAGAUCUCGAUACAGGUACAAACUAUGACUAUGUUAGGGAAUUUAAGAGGAGCACGGGCACCUGGCAGCGCACCAAGCCGCUGUUCCCCUCGGACCUGCGCCGGACGGGCUGCGCGGCGCUGCGCAUCGCCAACUGCAAACUCUUCCGGCUGCAGCUGCAGCAGGGAUUGUUCCGCAUCCGCGUACCUUCUCCGUGAGCCCGUGCUGCCAGGGGACCAGACUGGAAGAGUUCUGUGCAGUCCACCAUAAUCUAGCUCUAUUUAAAGGAAAAGCUGAGAAAUUACAGCUGAAAAUUACACUGUAUGCUGUGCUUUGGUAUGGUAACUGUUUUUGUUUUAAAUGCUUACAAAGCUUGAGUCUCAGUACUUGUUUCGGGAACAAAUAACUUAAGUACACAUUAAAGAGAAGAGAAGGGGGAAAAUAAAAGGGGGAGAUCAAGGAAACACCUUCAGUCGUAGCCAUUUGGAGUUUAAACCUUGGUAUUGAAGGAGGAUUUUGGGUCUGAAACUGGUGGGAAUCUGUUUCCUUUGGCGAAGCUUAUUGAAAAGCAAAAAACAAAAAAAGCUUUCAGGUGCGUUUCCCCUGCGGGGAACUGAUACGAAUCCAUGUGCUAUCUGGAACUGGAUAGCUGUAAUACACAGAAGCUACAUGACAACCAACCUCCCUGGUGUGCUGCUGUUGGAGCAUGAGGCCACAGGAGUUGUUGGUCAUUGCACCUUUUAUUUCUAGUCCUUUCUCAAAAGAUAAGGUCUGUGCCUAAAAAAUAGUGGAGGUGUGUACAUACGGUUUUUCAUUGAUUUGCAACGGUUUCAUUCUGACAAAUAUUUUUAAUAUAUAUAAAAUGGACUAAUCUGAAAUGGAUACACCCCAGAAAAUGGAUACAGUACACCACAAAGAAGUAAACAGUUCUUUCCUACGCUGUCAUUCAAGUAGCCUGAUGAACUGGUCUGCAGGUGGGUGGCGUGUGCUUCUGGGUGGGCUUUGGUGGCUGUUUUCCUUCAAGUGAAAAGGAAAGACAUGUUUGGAACAGUUAGUGAUGAUUGCUGCUUUUGGUAAGAGCAAAAGGACAAACUAAAUAGUGUUCCUUUUUACUUGAGAUUGCUUGCAAGCUAAGAAUGGUUUUUAAGACUGAGGAUUGUAGAAAGGUGUAUUUUAUGUCUCUUAGAACAAAGGUGAAAUAUGACAAGGAUAUAUUUAUUUUGCAGAAAACAUGGGGUUUGGACAAGAGUUAAGAAAAAUUUGUACAGUGACUUUAAAUUGGGAUCAAAAGUUGGUUUACUAAUGAUUACUGUGCUGCAGUACAGUCUUGUUUACUGCUGUCUGACUUUGAAAGCUGGGUUUUAUGGUGUGGUUAUAGUGAAGAACUUAGUAUCUUACGUUUUAUUUCUUACUAAGCCUUGUUCACAUCAGUAGUGAUAUUUUAUUGACUUUUUAUUUGUAGUCAAGAUUAGCUGGUAGAACAGUUUUACCUCAAUUUUUGAUUUUUUUGUUGUUGUGAUGGGUGGGACAUAACCUGUAUUUAUUUAAAAGGAAUAAAAUGGGAGAGAUGGAAAAUAGAAACAAUACCUCCUGCCCUUCAGAAAAAGAGACUUUGUACAACCAGUAUUAUAACUACAUACAAGACUUUCCACUCUGCAACUCUGUGGACCUCAGACAAGCCAAACUCUGCCCUCAGUUGUGUUAGUGUAAACCUUUGUCAUCUUUAUUGAAAUCAUCUUACAUACGUUGAAAUAUGAUCCCAAACUAAUUCAAAAUAUUGGUAUUUCACUAAAUAGUCCUUGAAGAGCCAUUCUGAAACUUAUUUCUGGUCUGUCCUUCCAUAACACUGAUGUGGGGUUGGAAUUACUCUGAUUCCUGAGCAGAGGAGUGUGGGAGGGUGGGGAAAAGGGCAGCAGCCAAUCCAUUGACCUUUUUUAUUUUUAUUUUUUACAAUGCUGAAGUGCUGCAAAACUUGAAGUAUAUACAUCGAUUUUCUGACCUAUAUUAGUUGGCAUAUUAAAAAGUUUAUAUAUUUAUGCAUUGCAGUAAGUUGGUGUGUGUAUAUAUAUGUCUUUAGAUUUUAAAUUUAUAUAUAAUGCUUUACUACAGAAAUGUGAACCACUAUUUCCAUCCUUGGCUGGCUUGUGAAAUAAAUCAAGUGCUGUUAGUUUAUCUGUUAAACUUCCCUUUUUUUAAAAAUCUUACAUGGAUCAAUUUUUUUUUCCUCAGACAAAGUGCCAAGAUCCCAUAUUCAAAAGUGAUGAAUGUUCCUAAGUAUCUGUUUCACUUUGAGCUCAGUUUUCUAAGUGGCUUGGAAAACUUCAGAAAAUGUUAUUGAGAAUAUUGCAGCUGCUAUCUCCCGAGUCCCUGUAGCUUCCCAGUACACUUGAGGGCAUUCAGCAUCCAGAAAACGUAAGUGAUAAAUGCACAUGAUAAACCCAAGUAAAUACUCUAGCAGUGUUUUGCAGUUCAAGUUACUGAACCAAAUGUUUACACUUAGAGUAGGAUUAACACUAGGCGUUCUUAGUUUGUUUUUUUUUAAAGAAAAUAUAAAUAAAAGAAACAAAUCUGCUGGUGAUUGGAGCAUGUUGUGAAUGCACUCAGUGAGAUUUGACCAAGAAGUUUAAGCCUCUGUACCUGAACCAGUCACAAACUGAAUUUCUGAGCACAUUGUACUUGUUCCAUGUGGCUGGGACCAAUUCUCCAGGGAUGCUUUCUGGGGUGCUCAAGAUUUAGGCACUCCUGAGAUCUCAAAACUGGCUUCCUUGGCCUUGCCUAAGGGGAUGGGACCAUUCCCCUACUGCAUUGUCUGUGGGACUGAUCCAGGAGCUGUUCUAGCCUCUGUGUGUUCAGGAGGGAAGGGAUGUGUCUUCCUGUCUGUCUGUCUGUCCAGCUCUGAUCUGUGAGUGUGUCCCUUGGAUUGUGCAAUAACCAGGUUCGAUUUCCCUCAGAAUUUGGAGCAAGGCUUAUGGUGUGGUUAUAGUGAAGAACUGGAACCACACCAUAAGUGUGGUUUGAAACCAAGGCUCUCCUUUCUGCAGGGAUUGUACCAGUGGUGGUGUAGGGGUGAAGAGGCAGAGCUCACCCCUGGCUUCUCUUUCUCUUUUCCAAGGGGUGGUUGCCUUCAGAAGGGAGGCUGUGAUGGUACCAGAGGUGCUGAGAGGAGGGAGGUCACCAGUUUGCUGAGUGUUGAAUGUGCAAACAGCUCUAGAUUGAACUGGGUUCACUGGUAAAUGCCACCACUCAGCUGUCCCUGCUCUCCUGGCACUGUGUAUCCCUGCACAUGAUAGCUGAACAACUCAGGAGUUUUUCUGAGUUGCAGUCCAGGGGUUUUAGGGGGUUUGGCAGCUUAGAACCUUGUUUAAGUUGUCCUUGCUUAGCACAGUGGCCUUAAUUCCUCCCAGCUCAUUGCUGGCACUGACAUUGAGCCAGGUCCUCCACAGGUGACAGUUUGAAUGUGUGUCCUGGCCAGCUGUUCAUGCAGGAUGGGGACUGGCUGGGCCACCUUGAGCUUGAGGCACUUGGGCUGGGCCUCUGCAUCCAUUUUCCUUUCCCUGCUGAGAAAUUGGACCAACUUCAGCUACUGAAAUCAGAAAAUCACCAAAUACAGGUAGGAAUUGUGGAAGAUGGGAUGAGUGGUGGCUUUUUUCUCCUCUUACUCCAUCCCUUCCCACAAUUCUCCCAAGAAAAGUUUCUUCCUUUUUUUUAUGUGCCACAGAUAAUUUUGGAAAAAUUUUGGAAUUGUCAAUUUUAGGGGGAAAAGUGGGGGAAAAAAUAUACUACUGUAAGCACACAGCAGUGUCCUCUGUGCUUGUUUUACACUUGUAGCCUUGUGGCUGCUCUGCACAGCAGAGAGAGAUUACAGGAGCAAAGGUGUAAAGUGCUGUUGCUCUCAUAAAAUAAAUCCCUUGAGUUUCUGAGGGAGGCACAUGCCUGGCCUGGCUCUGUUCCUUACCUGGCCUUGACAGAUGCUCAUGUUCCUAAAGAGUCAGGGCUGGAUUUCAGAUCCUCUCCCUUGCUGGUUUUAUAACUUGAAUAAGAGGCAUUCUGAAAAGUCUUCUGUUUUGCUGUACCAUAGCAAGGUCUAGUUGUCCUUAAAUAUUUUGUCAGCUAAUCCUUAAAUUUUAGUUAUUGUGAAAGUGUCAACCCAGCUGCUUUUGGUCAAGUGAAUUUCUGUAGCUUUGAGGGUACUUCAUCUUUAAAUUGAAGGCAAAUUAAUACAAAAUUACACAAGAGGACAGAGGUGAAUCUGAAACCAAAAGAAGCUCAAAAUCAGCUCACUGAUAGCUGUGGGCAGGCUGUGUCCCUGGUGUUUGCACAGCACGUGCCAGGCACACAGCCUGCUUUCAGGAGCACAGAUCUUGAUAUGAAAAUAAGGAUUUUAUCAAAGCUACUGAACCGCCUGGCUUCUGAGCUCCCCCUCCAGAACACACCAGGCAGCUUGGGUUGCUUUGCAAUAUUUCUGGUGCCUGCAUGACUCAGUAAAUGCACAAGUACAGAAAGAGGGGUCUGGGGAGGUUUUCCCCUGUUUUAACUGCAGUUUCUCAGUUUGUUCUGUAAAUGCUGUGCAGGGGCUCUGCUACCAUGCAUGUGCCAUGCAGAGUGGAGGAUGCAAUAACAAAUCCAAAUUCUUACAAGUGCCAAACUUUUGGGUUCUUCUGUGUAUAACAAUAAUUCAACUGUUCUACUAAAAUACAGAUAUGCUUAAAAUUCAC